UUCAAGUGAGUACAUUAUUACAUUAAUUACAUUAUUACAUUUCUUACGCAUUAUGAUUACUUUGUAUAAUCAGUAGAUAAGAUAUGAAGGCCGAGCUAUCAGAGAUGAAAAUGUGCUUUUAAUGGUGUGUUAGGUGUGCUUCCUUCAUCAGUCAUUCAUUUCCGUAUUUGUUUUGAAUUUUCUAAAAUUCCGCCGGGAAAGUUUUGGUCUGUAGUGUAGAUAUUGACGAUUUUGAGUUAUGAUUACUGGAUUAUAUUUUCCACUGCUUCUCGUUAAUACUAAUGAAGUCACUAGAGCGAUUUUUCUUUUCGAUGCCAGCAAAAAUAAUGGUGCGCGGAGAUGUAUAAUGUGAGUGUAAUUUACCACUUAUCGAAUACAGUAACCAACGCUUCUCAAGUGCAGGUGACAAGCAGACCAAGAUUCACAAGAUAUCCCAUUCUACCGUGUCUCACAAGCGUUCCUUCCUGAAACACAUUAAGCAGUUAUAAUGAAAUUUCGUAUCCACGGUCCUACUCAAUUAAAAGGGAAUGUAACAAUAUCAGGUGCUAAAAACGCCAUACUGCCGAUUCUAUUUGCUUCAUUACUGACGAAAGAACCAGUCGAGAUUCAAAACGUACCCAAUUUGAGCGAUGUGGAAUCCGCGAUAAACUUAUUGGAACAUUUGGGCGUCAAGGUGGAAUGUAAUGGAUCAGUGUUCGUAGAUGCCAGCGUUAUCAGUAACUAUCACGCACCCUAUGAAAUGGUGAAAACCAUGCGGGCAUCAUUUUGGGCGCUGGGACCACUGCUAGCGCGCUUUGGCCAAGGAGUAGUCUCACUACCUGGUGGCUGCGAGAUCGGUUCACGUCCAGUAGAUUUGCAUAUCAGCGGAUUACAGAAAUUGGGCGCUAUCAUCAAUUUAGAAAAAGGCUACGUUAAUGCUACGGUAAAUGGUCGUCUGCGCGGUGCUUACAUUUUCAUUGAUCAGCCGAGUUUCGGAGCCACGGUGAACAUUAUGAACGCCGCCACUUUGGCAACCGGUACCACAAUAAUUGAAAAUGCAGCUCGUGAGCCGGAAAUCGUAGAUACAGCCAAUUUCCUCAACACUCUAGGAGCGAAAAUCACUGGUGCCGGUACUUGUAAGAUUACCAUUGAAGGCGUUGAACGUCUUGGUGGUGGUGUUUACCGAAUCUUACCCGAUCGUAUCGAGACUGGCACUUACCUCGUGGCUGCGGCAGUCUCUCGUGGAAGCGUGGUAUGCCAUGGCACUUGUCCAGACAAUUUGAAUGCAGUGUUGCAUAAGCUACGUGAAGCAGGGGCUCAUAUAGAAACUGGCGAAGACUGGAUAAGCUUAGAUAUGCGUGGUCGAAGGCCAAAAGCGGUAUCUGUGCGUACUGCUCCAUAUCCUGGCUUUCCGACUGAUAUGCAGGCUCAAUUUUGUUUGUUGAAUCUAGUUGCCGAAGGAGUUGGUAUUGUUACCGAAACCAUAUUUGAAAAUCGUUUCAUGCAUAUCCCCGAAUUGAGCCGGAUGGGUGCAAAGGCGCAAAUCGAAAGGAAUAGUGUUAUUUGUCGAGGUGUACAGAGACUGUUUGGUGUGCCGGUGAUGGCAACUGAUUUGAGAGCCUCGGCCAGUCUGGUUUUGGCAGGAUGUGUGGCCGAAGGUGUGACAGAAGUGGAUCGAAUCUAUCAUAUUGAUCGUGGUUAUUAUCACAUCGAAAAAAAACUUCGUGGAAUGGGUGCCAAUAUCGAACGUAUUGGCUCCUAGGGACACCAUCCGAGGUGUAUCAUGAAUAUUUAUGAUGCGUUUCAAAUCGUUAUGAUGUCAAAAUAGUGCUGGUGAAGUAUUUUUGUGGUGCGAAGGCGAAGCGACAAUUUUAGUGGCCUAAGCAAUAUACAAGACUGCUGAUCGUGAGUGCUGAUGAAUUGAUAUGAAUCUGAUUUCAGUCCCAACGUCUUUGCCCUGGUUGUGUUCAGAAAUGUGGAAAUUUUAUGGUGAAAAAUGUACCUACCUAUCAAUAAAACUAUCGACGAUUACAUUUUCUGAGUUUUUCUUCCUGUUUUUGGCAUUUACCAGUUUACCAACAUUGAAUUAGAAACUUAAAGUGUUGUAAUGAAGGUCAAUAGUGGAUUAAUUAUGUAUUUUGUUCUAGCUCUGAAUAUUUUAUCAAUUUUAAAAUGUUUUAUUCAAUUUUUAUCAAAUUUUUCCUUUUUUUUGAAAUUUCAUUAAUUUUUUGAUAAUGUUCUGUUUUUGAAAUGCUAAUUUGACUUCGUCCUAUGUUUCAUGCAAU